AUGGAACAACGUUCAAGAAAACAUAUCUCACUUGAUACAACACUUCAUCCGCUUCCGCACCAGCUUCCAAACUUGCAGCAAACUCUCAAGACACCCACACAAACCACGAAUCACAGAGGAGAUUGCACAAUGGCAGCUGUCGACAGAUCCCAGCCGAGCAUCGAACAUGCCACAGUCGAUGACAUUCCCGAAAUCCUCGCCAUGAUCAAAGAACUUGCCGCCUACGAAAACGAGCCCUCCAAAGUCCUCGCGACCGAAGACUCCCUCAAACGCACCCUCACCUUCGCACCCUCCCACUCCGGCACAGUCGUCCACACCAACCCCGGCUACGCCAAAACCCUGAUCCUCCGCCUCCCCGCAGACCCCACUCACCCCGACGACAAGGCCAGCGCAGUGGCUGGCAUGGCCAUGUACUUCAACAACUACAGCACCUGGCGCAGCAAGCCGGGCGUAUACCUCGAAGACCUCUUCGUACGACCGCAGUACCGCAAGAGGGGCUAUGGCAAGUUCCUUAUACGGGCGUUGGCGCAGGAGGUGGUGAGGAUCGAUGGUGGCAGGUUGGAGUGGAGUUGUCUGAAGUGGAAUGAGCCGAGCUUGCAGUUCUACAAGAGCUUGGGCGCGGAGAGGAUGGAUGAUUGGGUGCAGUUGAGAGUUGAUGGGGAGGCGUUGGUGAAGUUGGCCUUCAGUGAUCAGAAGGAGGAGAAGAAGGCUUGA